AUGCAAUGUGUCCCUAAGAAAGGAGGAAUAACUGUGGUAGCAAACGAGAAGAAUGAGUUGGUUCAUACACGAAAAACCACGUGCUGGAGAAUUUGCAUGGAGUAUCGUAAGCUGAAUAAAGCUACAAACAAGUAUCACUUUCUGCUACCAUUUAUUGAUCAAACGCUUGACAGACUUGCUAGAAAGGCUUUUUAUUACUUCCUUGAUGGGUAUAGCAGCUACAACCAGAUUGAUAUAUCUCCUGAAGAUCAAGAUGCUUGUGGACUACUCGACCAACCAACCAGACCUCCAUCACCACCGCACACGCUGCCAUACGUUGGUAGUACGCGUGGACUUCUUCCCCUGCCCUGGAAGCUUCUGGACCGGUCCAAUUGGUCUAGACCGAACCGAACCACUCAACCCGACCCGCCUGGUCUGGUCCAAUCACUGAUUCAACUCACUGAGUUAACUCGUUAA